GCAUAACUUCUCCCCUGCGACUAUCGUCAGAUGACAAUGUGAUAUGAGUUCCCGCUGUGUCUCGCGAUCUGCUGAAUUCAUAAAAUUCCUACGCGUCUAUAAAAUCGGCCAUUUCGUGGUAGGCCAUCCGCUGUUGCAGGGCAAGUGUUCUUCUGUCUGCAAGUCAAUUUAUAACAUCGCACAAUGAAUGAGACCGCAGUUUCAUUUGCCAAGGAUUUCUUGGCUGGUGGCAUCUCCGCUGCUAUCUCCAAAACGGCGGUUGCGCCCAUCGAGAGAGUCAAGCUUCUCCUUCAGGUCCAACAUGCCAGCAAGCAGAUCAGCAAAGAAAUGCAGUACAAGGGUAUCAUUGAUUGUGUUACCCGCAUUCCAAAGGAGCAGGGCUUCCUUGCCUUCUGGAGAGGUAACCUGGCUAAUGUCAUCAGAUACUUCCCCACCCAGGCCCUCAACUUUGCUUUCAAAGACAAGUACAAGAGUGUCUUCCUUGACGGUGUAGACAAGCGAAAGCAGUUCUGGAGGUACUUCGCUGGCAACCUGGCCUCUGGUGGUGCUGCAGGAGCCACCUCCCUUUGCUUUGUCUACCCUCUUGAUUUCGCCAGAACCCGUCUGGGAGCUGAUGUCGGAAAAGCUGGUGCGAGGGAGUACAACGGUCUGGCAGAUUGCUUGGCGAAGACGUUCAGGUCUGACGGUAUGAGGGGUCUGUACCAGGGCUUCGCAGUGUCUGUCCAGGGCAUCAUCAUCUACAGAGCUUCAUACUUCGGAAUUUAUGACACAGCUAAAGGUAUGCUGCCAGACUCCAAGAACACUUCCAUCUUAGUGAGCUGGGCAAUCGCUCAGUCUGUAACUGCUGUGGCCGGCCUGACCUCCUACCCCUUCGACACUGUCCGUCGUCGUAUGAUGAUGCAGUCUGGCCGUAAAGGAGCUGAUAUCAUGUACUCCGGUACCAUUGACUGCUGGAAGAAGAUCGCUCGUGAUGAGGGUGGCAAGGCCUUCUUCAAGGGAGCCUGGUCCAAUGUUCUCAGAGGCAUGGGUGGUGCCUUUGUGCUGGUCUUGUACGAUGAGCUAAAGAAAGUCCUUUAAAUUAUAGUUUUUUUAACAUCACUGUUGAAUUGACAUUAAAUGGCUAAAUGUAACAACUUUCCACUCCUAUGGAUCCUGCAUUCUGCCUUAUUUAUGUGAACCAGCUAGUGGUCUGCUACUAGUUGAGGGUGGCGGCUGUAAGUUGUGCAUUUUAUCUUUCAAACGUUCCAUUCUCAUUUACCAAUGUCAUUCCUGUAUAAGAAACCUCAAAUACUACUCCUGUCCUCCAGUGGGUAUGUUUCUAACCACCACUUGAAUAAAUUCAUUAUAAUGGACAAACCUACA